AUGGCAACCAGGAGGAUUUUGGCAUCUCAAGUCAGAAGACUAGUCAAUAGUAGUCAUCCCAAAGUUUGCCAAAAAUCUACAUGCCGGACGCUAUAUACAAUCAACCCUACGCAGCUGAAUAAAAUAAGGCAUCAAUUUACAAAUGUGCAUCAUCACCAGAUACGCCAUCUAAGUAUCGGUGGAUGGACCAUCUGGGGUUCGUCGCCAAAAGCACCUCAAGCUGGGAUUGAAAAGCUGGUUGCAGAAACUGCUGCCCCAAUACCAGAGCCAGCGCCAAUAGUAGAAUCCGUAGCAGCAACGCCGACACCACCGCCAUCAUCAUUGAUUGAUGAAACCAUUGUCGACUUUAUACCAGAAGCAGCAAAAGAAGAGAUUGGGUUGGCUGCAGUGACAAAAAUAGGCGAUCUGGCAUCCAUAGGCCUAUGUCACAGCACACCAAUAGGCCUCGCCGAACAAUUCCUAGAAGCCAUAUACGUGUAUUCAGGUGUACCAUGGUGGGGAACCAUCAUGAUUGCAACUCUAGCAGUCCGAUUCGCUCUCUUCCCACUCGUCGUCUACCAACAACGCAAUGCCGCCAAAAUGAAUAAUAUAAAACCACAGUUAGAAGAGUUAACCGCUAGACGGAAUAAAGCUACUCAGGAUGGCGAUGAAAUGGAAAAGUCAAAGGCAUUACAGGAAACGGCAAACUUGUUUAAAGCAAAUAAUGUCAAUCCGUUUGGAAUGAUGGGGCCACCUCUAGCUCAGAUUCCAAUAUUUAUUAGUUUCUUUUUCGCAUUGAGGGCAAUGAGUGAGUUGCCUGUGCCUGGAUUUGAUGUCGGAGGGAUUUUGUGGUUUACGGAUUUGACACAGUGUGAUCCGUAUUAUGUGUUGCCUGUUGUUGCUACCAUUUCUAUGAUGGGUGUUUUAGAGAUAUCAACCAUGCAAGCACAGGGAUCUCAACCCGCAGCACAAGCCGCCACAAUGAAAACCGUAAUGAGAAUCAUGUUAAUUCUCGGUGGUAUUUUUACAGCCAACUUCCCCGCUGGCGUUUUCAUGUAUUGGAUUGCUACAAACGCAUUCACAUGGGGAUCAGUCCUACUGUUGAGGCAGCCAAAAGUUCGUACAUAUUUCCAGAUACCCGAGAUGGCUCAACAUCCAGUAAAGAUUACGUCUACUGGUGACGUGAGACGUGCCUCCAAGACUGAAGUGUAUCAGAUGGUGGAGGACGCACGUAAGAGAGUGGCUGCUGGGAAAAUCGGUGACACUAAAAAGUUUAACCCAGCUCGAUAA